UUUGAUGGCGGCAAAAGGGUUGACUCAUUCACGGGCUUAUCUUGCCCCACGUGACCUUCAUUUUGCCCGCAUUCGCCGACUCCGGAGUUCAAACUUUUCCCCGAGCCGGUGUGACUCUCAUUAUUCCCCAGAUCUUUAAGUUGUCUUCUUUCUCAAUUGCAUCCUUGGACUCUGGAAGCUUCAGCUUUAAUCUAUAAUCGUCCGCAAUCAUGAAGGGCAGAGUUUGUCUCGCUUACUCCGGCGGUCUCGAUACCAGCACCAUUCUGCGAUGGCUCCUGGACGAGGGCUAUGAGGUUGUCUGCUUCCUCGCCAAUGUUGGUCAGAAGGAGGACUGGGAGUCCGUCCGGGCCAAGGCCAAGCAGAUUGGUGCUUCCAAGAUGGUUAUCCUCGACCUCCGCCGCGAGUUCAUCGAGCAGCUCUGCUACCGUGCCGUGCAGUGCAACGCCCAGUACGAGGGACGAUAUCUGCUUGGAACCAGUCUGGCCCGCCCUGUGAUCGCCCGUGCUCAGAUGCGCGUUGCUCAGGAGGAGGGCUGUGACUAUGUCUCUCACGGCUGCACUGGCAAGGGCAACGACGGUAUCCGUUUCGAGCUGGCUUUCCUUGCCAUUGACCCUAAGAUCAAGAUCAUCGCUCCCUGGAGAAUCAAGGAGUUCUGCGACCGCUUCCAGGGCCGUAGCGAUCUCCUUGACUACGCCGCUGAGAAGAAGAUCCCCGUUACCUCCACCAAGGCCAAGCCCUACAGUAUGGACGAGAACGAGAGCCACUGCAGUUACGAGGCCGGCUCCCUCGAAGAUCCCUCUAUUCCUCCCCCCGACGACAUGUGGAUCAAGACCGUCGACCCUCGCCAGGCUCCUGACGAGCCCACUGACAUUACCAUUUCUUUCGAGAAGGGUAUUCCCGUCAAGCUCGUCGCCCAGGGCAAGGAGAUCACCGACAGUGUCGAGAUCUUCGUUGCUCUCAACGAGAUUGGCCGCGAGAACGGCAUUGGCAGAAUCGACAUUGUCGAGAACCGCUUCAUCGGUCUGAAGAGCCGUGGCUGCUACGAUGCUCCCGCCAUGACCAUCCUCAGACUCGCUCACUUGGACGCCGAGUCCCUCGUCAUGGAUGGCCGUGUUCGCUCGCUCCGUGACCAAUUCGUUACUCACCACUGGUCUGAGCUCCUCUACAACGGUCUCUACUUCUCCCCUGAGCGGGAGUUCAUCGAGAACUCCCUGGUGUUCUGCCAGCGCCGCGUGAACGCCGAUGUCCGUCUCCGCUGCUACAAGGGCAACGUCUACGUCCUCGGACGCAGCUCCAAGACCGAGAAGCUCUACGAUUCCGAGCAGGCCUCCAUGGACACUCUCACUGACUUCAGCCCUCAAGAUACCACCGGUUUCAUCAACGUCAACGCUAUCCGUCUCAAGAAGUACGGACAGCAGAAGGCCGAGGAGGGCAACAGCCUCGCAAAGGCUUAAAAACCUUAAAACGGGAUACUGUCAUUAUGUGCAUGUUAUCUAGCUAUUUAAGGCACGACGUGGAUCUAUAUUCUUCAGGGGCCUGUUCAUUUGUUUCGGUUUUGCAUCAUUGAGG